CGAUUCUGUUCCAGUAGCCUCCAUCUCCUCCGUCCUCCAGCUCGCUAGCCCGCCGGUUCUCCGGCGUAGGCCCUCCUCCUGUCCUCCAUCCCCCGGCCUGCCGCCUCUGUAGAUCGGCACCCGCGCGCCUCCCUCUCCCUCCUCUUUCGCUCGAGCGCCGCCAGUCGUGCCCCCGCCUCGUGCUCCCCUCCGGCGGCCGUGCCCGCUGCGUGCUCCCCUCCGGCGGCCGUGCGCGCAGACCUCCUUCCUUGACGUGGCCAAAAUCCGGCGAGGGGCUCCUGCGGCCGAGAUCUGGUGAGAGGGCACUUCGGUGGCGACGGCACGGAGGAGCGCGGCUGCCUUGGCGCCCUCGGCCCCGGUCUCGUCGUCUUCCCCGUCGACCCUGCCGCUAGCCAACCUGCGGGCGAGAAUCGCACUGCCAAACGGGCCUUAGCAUCAUCCUGCCGCGAAGCGAGCCAUGGCGACGACCACCGCCGCGCCGGGUCUCGCCGUAGCAGCAACCGAUCCCAUCAGCUCCUUCCUCUCGUCCGCCGCCGCCUCCGUCGACCUGGACACCGAUCUCCGGGACCUCGCCGCCGACCUCACCUCGGACCUCGCCGUCUCCUACCGCUCUCUGCGCGCCAUUUGGUGUGCCACCUCGUCAGACACCCGCCCGCCGCUCCGCGACCUCCUCCAGGGCGCCGACUUUGUGCUGCCAAGUCCUAAGCCUCGUGAGAAGAGCGAUGAGCUAAAGGCGAGGCUGGAGAAGCUCCGGGAGAUACAGGAGAGGAAGGAGUAUGCUGAGCUUGUCAGGGACGUCGCCCCUCCCAGCAAGGACGAAGCUCCUGAGCCCUUCUCAUCCUACAAGGAUCAGAUAGGAUUCGGUCUGCAUGUCGUGGUUAUUAUGUUCACAGGUUAUUUGGUAGGAUUUUCUAUGUUCAAAGCUCUGUUCAACAAUAGUGCUGUACUGAGUGCUGCUGGAGGUAUCUUAGGAUUAGUUGGUGGCAUGCUGGUGGAGACCGUUCUCUUCAUCAUCAGAUCAUCGAGUAAAGAGUUGGCCUCCUCUGUUCCAAGAUCAAAGAAAGAUCAGUAGACGCUUGAAAUGCUAUCGUCAGUAGGAAGUAUAUGGAGCAUUUGUUUGGGUUUAAAAAUGCAAUUAAUCGAAUAUAGGUAAUUGACAUCCAGUUUCAAUUUGCAUCAAGAAGGAAUAGGGCAGAGGGAUUUGACUAUUUUUAGCUGCCCAGAAGUUUGUAUCUCGCCCAGUGACAGGCAUGAUGAUCGUUGAAGAACAUGUACCCACGGGAAGUAAGUAAAUACAAGAGGAUAUUAUGCUUAAGUACAAUUGAAGAGUAUAUUGGCUUGAAAUUUUGUAGUUAAAAGUUGUUAUUUUUGCAUGUGAGGUUUUUGUGUAUAAACAUAUAUAUGGUAUCCUAAGAUUUUUCUCAGAUUUCCUUUUUUUUACCA